AUGUUUGAACAAAUGGCGCCACUAGGUAAUAACAAAAAUUUAAACAUUUUAGAAACAAUAAGCCCGGAACCCAUAUCAGUACUAAGUUAUGUAAACGAAGUAAUGGAAAAUAAGAGAAGAGAAAAAGUAGCGAAAAAUAAUCAUUUAAUUGAAUGGGGAUAUAUGAAGAAGACUGAGAAAACAGAGGAAUUAAAAUUGCAGUGGAAAUUAAUUCAACAUGAAAACUUAUAUACAAAAAAUGAAUAUCAAAAAAUAAAAAAAGAUGAAAAAAUGCCAAACUUUUUUCAAGUAGCUACAUUAGUAAAUGGCAAUGACAAAAUAAAAGUUGGAGCUGGAAAAGAAUCGCAGUCCUUGCAUACAUCCAAUAAGAGAAAGAAAAAGUGCUUAUCUGCCUUGCAAUUAUUUGAAAAGGACAAAGAAAUGAAAGAAUGGUGUGUAAAAAAAUACACGAAAAUUCAGACUCAGAAAAAUAUCGGGGGAAAGUCCUUCGUUCGAAAGCAGAGGAAGCAGCUGCUCAGCAUGCAGAAGGCAUAA